AUGGCACUCCUUCAAGAAAUGCUCGAUUUUCUCGGGCUUCAUGAAUGGGUGGGUGCCGUGGCCAAAGUUGAUGAUAUAGUUUUGUUUUCCUCCACCAAAUCCCUUGAUCAUUUGCUCGACCUUUUGCGUAAUCACCUCGUCAGUGCCGUACAUGAUUCCAGGGUCCAAGUUACCUUGCAAGGUGAUUCUUCUAGAUCCCACAACUUUCACAGCAUCCUCCGGCUUGUAAAGCCAGUCCAAAGAGACGGUGUCGUAGCCGGAUUCACACAAGUCGUCCAAAGCGUACCAAGCGCCCUUUGCGAAAACGGUGAGAGGAAUCUUCUCUUCAACACCCAACUCUUUCAAGCGCAAAGGCAAUUUGGAGGCGAUUUGACGCAAGUAUGGCAAACAGAACUCGGCAAACUCGUGCGGACCCAACUCGCCGGCCCACGACUCAAACACUUGCAACAUUUGAGCUCCUGCAACAACUUGCUGGGCCAAAAACUCAAUGCAUGCAUCUGUGAUGGCCUGCAACAACUUAUGGGACUCUUGCGUGUACUCGUAGAGCCAUUGUUUGGCGAAACGGAACAUCUUGGAGCCCUGGCCCUCGGUCAUAUACACAAGCAAAGUCCAUGGGGCGCCGCAGAAACCAAGCAAAGGCACUCUUCCAUUCAAUUUCGUACGGGUCAAAGUAAUGGCCUUGAACGCCCAGUCCAACGAGGUCAAAAUGUCUGGCUUCAUCUGAACGCGAGACAAGUCUGCGGGCGAACGCAACGGGUCCACGAAAACUGGGCCCUUCCCCUCGAUCAUUUCGAUCUCAAAGCCCAUGGCCUGUGGAAUCACCAAAAUGUCAGAGAAGAUAAUCGCAGCGUCGAUGAGACCGUUGAAAUGCUCAAUGGGCUGGAUGGUGAUUUCGGCAGCAAUCUCGGCAUCACGGCAAGUCUCGAAAAAGUCUCUUUUUCCCUUCACCACAUGGUAUUCGGGCAAAUAUCUGCCUGCUUGGCGCUAGAAAGUUAG